AUGAGUGAGAGAGCUUACAAUCAGUUCAGACUCGCUUUCCGGUGGCACAGCCCGGGGAUUGCUGAGGGCUGUAUGCUCCAGGCCUCAAUGAGGAGCCCAAACAUGGAGGCCUUCAAGCAGCAGAAGGUGGAGGACUGUUACGACAUCGGAGAGGAGCUGGGGAGCGGCCAGUUUGCCAUUGUGAAGAAGUGCCGGGAGAAGAGCACUGGGCUGGAGUACGCAGCCAAGUUCAUCAAGAAGCGGCAGAGCCGGGCCAGCCGGCGGGGCGUGUGCCGGGAGGACAUCGAGCGGGAGGUGAGCAUCCUGCGGCAGGUGCUGCAUCCCAACAUCAUCACGCUGCAUGACGUCUUUGAGAACCGCACCGACGUGGUGCUCAUCCUGGAGCUGGUGUCCGGAGGAGAACUCUUUGACUUUCUGGCCCAGAAGGAGUCGCUGAGUGAGGAGGAGGCCACCAGCUUCAUUAAGCAGAUCCUGGACGGAGUGAACUACCUUCAUGCCAAGAAAAUUGCUCACUUUGAUCUCAAGCCAGAAAACAUUAUGCUGUUAGACAAGAAUAUUCCCAUUCCACACAUCAAGCUAAUUGACUUCGGCCUUGCUCACGAAAUAGAAGAUGGAGUUGAAUUUAAGAACAUUUUUGGCACACCAGAAUUUGUUGCUCCAGAGAUUGUGAACUAUGAGCCCUUGGGCCUGGAGGCUGACAUGUGGAGCAUCGGCGUCAUCACCUACAUCCUCCUAAGUGGAGCAUCCCCUUUCCUGGGAGACACGAAGCAGGAGACACUGGCAAACAUCACAGCGGUGAGUUACGACUUCGAUGAAGAAUUCUUCAGUCAGACCAGCGAGCUGGCCAAGGACUUCAUUCGGAAGCUUCUGGUUAAAGAGACACGGAAACGGCUCACAAUCCAAGAGGCUCUCCGACACCCGUGGAUCACGCCGGUGGACAACCAGCAAGCCCUGGUGCGCAGGGAGUCCGUGGUCAACCUGGAGAACUUCAAGAAGCAGUACGUCCGCAGGCGGUGGAAGCUCUCUUUCAGCAUCGUCUCCCUGUGCAACCACCUCACCCGCACCCUGAUGAAGAAGGUGCACCUGAGGCCAGAUGACAGCCUGAGGAACUGUGAGAGUGACACAGAGGAGGACAUCGCCAAGAGGAAAGCCCUCCUCCCCCGAAGGAGGAGCAGUACCUCCUAA